AUGUUACCAUUGGGUCUUCUGACGGCCGCCCAAGGCCACCCCAUGCUUGUGGAGCUCAAGAAUGGCGAGACGCUGAACGGACAUCUUGCCAACUGCGAUAACUGGAUGAACUUAAUACUCAAGGAGGUUGUUCAGACUAGCCCCGAAGGCGACCGCUUCUUCAGAUUACCAGAGGUCUACGUGCGAGGAAAUAAUAUCAAAUACUUGCGAAUCCCGGAGGAAAUUGUGGAGAUGGUCAAGGAACAGCAGCAAAGCCAGCCGCAGAAUCGCAACCGUGGUGGCCGUGAGGGCAGGGGCGAUAGAGGCCGUGGUGGUGGCCGUGGCGGGCGAGGUCGCGGCCGGGGUCGUGGUGGCAGUUAG